UAUCAAGAAACAGAAUACAAAUGAUUUUAGGGUUAUUGUAAGUAUAAGUGGCUGCUCUUAUCUUUCAAACCGAACUUAAUUGAUUUCUCCGGUUUCUUUUAGAGGUGAUGGUAAAUGUUUUUAUGAUAUUGUUGAUGAAGUGUCAUUAAGCGAACAAGAAGUUGAUGAUGAACCACCUCCUGCAGCUCGUCCAAUUCCAAAAGAAACCAAAGCAACCGGACAGGUAUCGGUUAAGAAAAAACCAACAUCCAGCACACGUGAAGAUAAAGACAAAGAAAGUGAGGAUCAAUCACUACCACAACAACAGCAGCAUCAAACAUCAUCAUCAACGACAAAACGAACACGAAAUAAUCUUGAUGAUCAUUUAUCCGAAUUAUUCCAACCAAAAAACAAAUCACGCAGACAAUAA